AAAAAGACCAUGACGAUAGCCAAAGAAAGUAAAACAGGUUUGAGGUCAAGCGAACCGGGGAAAAGGCUGGUUCUUCUGAGUUCUCAAUAUCCCUCCAAAUCGAAACCCGAAGGUUGACGAAGAUGUUGAGGAUUGCCGCUCGAAGGCUCUCGUCACUCUCUUCUUCGCGUUUGAGGCCCACUAUUGCCUCUUCUUUGCCCGGUUCUCACAGCAUCAUUGAUUCCAGUGAUUCCGCCCCUUCCAAUGAUUUCAGAUCCGCCGGAUUCUUCAACACUUUCCCCAUCCGACCUCACUUUGAUCGCAAUUCUAGAGGUUUUGCUUCUGAUGCAUUGACCUCAACCAAGGACGAUGGUUUAAUUCUGGAUAUUCCUGCAACUGUAGCUGCCAUUAAGAACCCUUCUUCAAAGAUAGUCUAUGACGACUACAAUCAUGAGCGGUUUCCUCCUGGCGACCCCAGCAAGCGUGCAUUUGCUUAUUUUGUAUUAUCAGGUGGUCGGUUUGUCUAUGCUUCUUUGAUUCGUCUCCUUGUUCUCAAGUUUGUCCUCAGCAUGUCAGCCAGUAAGGAUGUUCUUGCCUUGGCCUCGCUUGAGGUCGACCUUUCAAGCAUCGAGCCUGGUUCUACCGUGACAGUUAAGUGGCGUGGAAAACCAGUAUUCAUCAGGCGACGAACUGAGGACGAUAUUAAGUUAGCAAAUAGCGUGGACAUUGGAUCUCUUCGUGAUCCUCAGCAGGAUGGAGAGAGAGUUAAGGAUCCAGAAUGGCUAGUCGUGAUCGGUGUCUGCACACAUCUUGGUUGCAUUCCCUUGCCAAAUGCUGGUGAUUAUGGUGGGUGGUUUUGUCCAUGCCAUGGUUCUCACUACGACAUCUCUGGAAGAAUCCGUAAAGGGCCAGCACCCUACAAUUUGGAGGUACCCACCUACACCUUUUUGGAUGAGAACAAGCUUUUGAUCGGUUAAGAAACCAAUCUCCACUUUUCAAGGUAAUACAGAGGUUCGAGACCCUCAAUUUUUAUUUAAAGCAGAUAAAGUUGCAGACAUGUUUUGUUUCUUUUUACUUCUUUGAGAUUUUAGAAAGCUUUUUUAUGCAGUGAGAACACUGUAACUGUAACAUUGCUUGAUGCAUGAAUGAAUCUGAAUAAUCUUUCUAAAUGAGUGAAAGAUAAUAGAUUAGAAGAUACCACCAUCCUAUUGGAGUGGACGAAGAAAGUGAAGGGCAAAUCCAAAUUUUGAUGUAUUUGUAUGAUUCAUGUGUUGAAAAUUUGUUGUACAAGUUUGAAUCUUUUCCAGAAUCUGAACUGAUUGAUUGAGUUUUUUUGAACAUUUAGCAUUUGGGAACUACUAGAAUGUAACUCUUAACUCAUGAAGUUUCCUUCAGGGAGCAAAAGAAAAAAAAAAAAAAAAAAAAAAAA